AUGUUGCGAAGUCGACAAUUCACCUGCGCUUUCAUCACUGUACGACAUGCUUCAAUCAAGGAAAAGUUGAAAAAUUACAAAUUUCCUGAACUGAAGAAAGAAGAUUGCGAACAAAAAUAUAUCUCCGGUUGGGGCCCAGGUGGUCAGAAGGUGAAUACGGCUCAGAACGCUGUUCAGCUGCGGCAUUUGCCAACGGGGCUCGUCGUCAAGGUGCACGAAUCACGGCUGUUGCCAAAAAACAUCGAAAUCGCCUUCGAACGACUCAAGCACGCUUUGGAUCGGCACAUAAAUGGGGACGAGUGCUACGAGGCUCAAUAA